AUGACAAGCGCGAUUGCACCCAGCGCCCAAGCACCACCACCACACGCCACCACCGACGCCCAGCACACCGCUUCCGGUACGACAUCGCCUCUUCCAGGAGCUGUGCCGGCACAGCUACCUGCAAGGUCGUACGCCACAGCUACAAAGACGGCGUCCCCAGCUUCCCAGACUCCGGCAGGAGCCUCCACCCAGAAUGCAAAAUCGACUGACUCUCCGGUGAACGGAGCGCACCCGAUCGCGCACGGAGGCUCUCAGCCAAAUGGAGCCAACAGCAACAACACACCCGCCGAUCACGCGAGGAAGCCCUCGGUGGUCAUCAGCGCAGCUGGCGCAAGCGGGUCCAUACCGAAUGGAGGGCCGGUCAGCGUGAACGGCCGCCCACAUAUCAACUUCGGCGCCAUGAACGUGUCCCCUCUGCCUCAGCACGCCGCCCCAUUCCAGGCUCAGAACGCCUCCCUGUCGACUCCCGGCAGCAACAACCCGCGAGUCAUCUCCCCGGCACAUUCACCUUCGCCCAUUCCACAACCCCAAGCUAGCGGCGGUCGCCCGCCAGCUGGUCUCCAGAAUCAGACCAACGGCGUGACUUUUGGCCAGCUUGGUGGUGAAGGCGAGCAGUUCCGCCAGAACCAGCCGCCACUCGGCCCCGGCAUGCCCUCGAUGCAUGAGCGCAGACAGUCCUCGCAUAGUGACAUGAGCAACUCGAACAUGCAGCAAAACAUGAACAGGAACUUCAUGCCACCAGGCGGCCGUGGUCGUGGCUUCCCAAAUCAACCUUACGGUGGUAUGCCAUCACCUGGACCUAACUACAGAUCCAUGUCUGGGCAACAGGCUACCCGGCCCAACAUGCCACCACAAUUCCAACCUGGCCCGCAGCCCGGUUCACCAUUCAUGCGCUCCGGCAGCCCUGCUGUCAACCACCCACGACCCAGCAUGCCGUCAUACGGCUACAGUCAUCAACAAGUAAAUAUAACCCACUUUCCAGUGUCCUCGCCGACCUCUCAGUCAAAGUGUCCUGGCACGUUGCGAAGAGCUACCGCACCUUUUCGAAGAACGGACAUUCCUCUGCAACUUGUCAUCACAUUUCCGACUGACGAGGCGGCGGACAACUCUAACAAAGCGAAACGUGAACUGACCCAUAUUUUUAAGCAGAUGCAGUAUGAUCCACAAUACGCCUACAAUGGUUACUAUCAACCAUACUAUAACGGGUACCCCGGCCAGCCACCACAAAGCCCUCGACCUCCAUACCCCAGUCCAUACCAAGCCCCUGGUGGUCCCAUGCCGGCACCCUUCAACCCGCCCGACAUGUCGCGCAGCGCUUCGCAAACAUCUCAGCGACCGCCUUCUAGCCUUGGCCAGCCACCGACACCAUCGAUGCAGAAUCAGGCACCCUCACAUACCCCUGGCCCAAGCCAACCAGCCCAGCCAUCACAAUCGAGCAACUUUGUUCGCCCGGUGAAGAAGAGCAACGCCAUCAAGAUCACAGACUCUCAAGGCAAUGAAGUUAAUUUCAAUAAGUCGGCCCCAUCACCGGGUGCUGCUGCGCAACCCCAGCCACAAACACCUGUCAUCGUGUCCACGCCCAACGCACCCACACCACCACCUCGAGUUCCAAGUGCACAACAUAACAGGGUCGAGAGCAAGAGCACGAAGUCAUCCGAAGAGACCAAGAAUGCUUUCCAGGAGCAGGUCAGGCGAAAUUUGGAGGAGGCUAAGCGUCGCGAGCAAGAUUCUGAGGCCAAGAAGAGCAAAGUGGAAGCACCUGCCAAGGAAGAUUCGAAGACAGAGGUCAAGACCACCGCUCCAGUCGAAGCCGAUAAGGAUGAGCCAGGACCUCCAGCUGCAGCGACACAGGAGCCGGUCAAGGAGGCUGCUGCGGCUGCGGAGAAGUCUACCGCCACCGCUGCGAAGGACGAAGAGGGUGUAAAAGCCGCUGACGCUGCAGAGGCGGCUGUUAGCAAGCCUGUUGAGGAGCAGACCGAGAAGGAGGAGACGGAAGACGAGCGCAUGGAGCGGGAGAUCGCUGAGAUGGAGGCUGCCGACAAGGCCGAAGCAGAGCGUGAGGCUGCCUUCCAGGAGAAGCGGCAGAAGGAGAAGGCUGAAUCGGCGAAGCGACAGGCUGAGACGGAUGCCAAGGCUGACGAAGAGCUCAAGCGACAAGAGCGCGAAGCCGAAGAACGUGAGGAGGCUCGCGAGCGUGAGCGGAGGGGUGAGACGGAGGAGAAGGACAAGGAUGCCGAAGAGCCUGAUGAUGAGGCCAAGGCCAUGUUCGCGUCUCUCAAGAAGCCCGCUCUUGGUCCAGGUGCCCCGGCGCCAGAGAGUGGUGCCGAAACUUCAGUCUCCGAGGACGCUCCAGCUGACAGCAGUGCCAUGCCUCCACCAUCACAGCCUGCCGCUAAGCAUCCCGGUGCUCAGAAGCCUAAGCCGGCUCAUCUCAAGCUUGAGACUAACAAGCGUGUUGAGCCUGCCGAGCCGACACCGGGCAUGCAAGCGCUGAAGUCCGCCCGCUUCCUUGCCGUCAACGAAGAGCUGAAGUAUCCUGAUGGUUUCAAGUCUCCGAAUCCGGCUCUCAAUGACGCUGGCGCCCGCAAAGGUAAAGCUUACGACCGCGACUUCUUGUUGCAAUUCCAGAACGUAUUCAAGGAGAAGCCUUCGGUGCACUGGGAGCAGAAAAUUAAGGAGACACUCGGCAGCGACGAGCCCGCAUCUGCUCGACUUGGCUCCGCACGUACGCCAUCUACGAGACAGCCGUCCGGUCGUGGACCCGCCCCAAUGGGAGGAUACGUUGCAAUGGGUCAGUUUGCUGGUGGCGCACGAACUCUUCCACCUGGCACAUCGUCUGCCGAUCGCUUCGCAGCCUCGUCAGGUGCAGGCCGUGGCGGUAUGGCCAUGCCUCAGAUGGGUGGCCGUGCGCCAAGUCAACUUGGUAUGGGAGCGCCCAUGGGCAUGAGCAGAACCAACUCGCUGCAGACCAUGGGUAACAUGGGAGGUCCGAACUCACCUCGCCAGCCGAGCGGCCGUGGCGGUAGAGGCGCCAGCAAGCGCGGCAUGAGCAAGAAGGAGGAGCAGGAUGCAAUGGCUAAGAUGCCUUUGACGGCUCACAUGGAGAUUGCUCCUCUUCCCAAGUCGACUUCCGGCUGGAAGCCUACCAGCAUCAGUGCUGCACCAAUGGCUGCUCCUGAUCUAAGCGGUAACUUGGCACCAGACAUUGUGCAGCGUAAGGUAAAGGCUGCGCUCAACAAGAUGACACCAGAGAAGUUCGACAAGAUCGCCGACCAGAUCUUGGAGAUCGCCAGUCAGUCGAAGAACGAGACCGACGGCCGAACUCUACGACAAGUCAUCCAGCUUACGUUCGAGAAGGCUACUGACGAAGCUCAUUGGGCUGGUAUGUACGCCAAAUUUUGUCACAAGAUGUUGACCACUAUGAGUACCGACAUCAAGGACGAGACGAUUCGCGACAAGAAUGGCAACCCAGUCGUUGGUGGUGCUCUCUUCAGGAAGUACCUUCUCAACCGCUGUCAAGAGGAGUUCGAGCGUGGCUGGCAAGCGAAUUUGCCGGAGAAGCCCGAAGGCGACUCGCAAGAGGCCGCCCUGCUAUCCGACGAGUACUACGUUGCUGCUGCUGCAAAGCGUCGCGGUCUUGGUCUAAUCCAAUUCAUCGGCCAGCUGUACAAGCUUAAGAUGCUUACGCUUCGCAUCAUGCACGAGUGUGUCAUGCGGCUACUCAACUUUGAGGGCGAGAUUGAUGAUGCCGCUGUAGAGAACUUGACAACUUUGUUGAGAGCUGUCGGUGGUACCAUGGAGGAGGAUGAUCAAGGCUCUCCUCUUCUCAACACCUACUUUCAGCGCAUCGAUCAAGUCUUCCUCAAGAACGAGACACUGGCGAGCAGACCUCGGUUCAUGAUCAUGGACUUAAUCGAUCUUCGCAAGGCUGGCUGGAAGGGCAAGGACGACACCAAGGGGCCUAAGACCCUCGAUCAGGUCCACGCAGAGGCUGCGGCUGCAAUAGCCAAGGCGGAUGCAGAGCGCGCUCGUACAAACCAGCGUGGUGGUCCCGGUGGUGGGCGGAUGCCAGCUGGUCGUGGUGAUGCUCGCAACUUUUCGGGCAACAUGCCACCUCCGGCCGACUAUAACCGCAACGUGCAAAUGGACGAUUUACGGAAGCUACAGAACCGUGGAGCAUCGAACCGUCAAGCUGGCGGCAGCCUUGCUCCAGGUGGCGGUCUUGGCCCAUCGGCGCUCUCUGGUCGCCAAGGAAGCAGACGUGGCAAUCUUGGACCAUCGUCGUCAGGCAACACGACUCGCACGAACACGCCGCCAGUCGACAAGGACAAGAAGGAGGAGCCUACACAGCAGAACUCAUUCAGUGCCCUCGCAGCGCUCGAGAACGAAGACUCCACCGCCCCGCCUGAAGAUACAGCCUCGCCUCCAACCGCACGAAAUCGUUCCAAGUCACCACUCCCGGCGGCUGAGCGAACGGAAGGAUAG